CACCCUUUACAGCUCCUACGUGCACCCAUAAAAUGCCCUCAUCCCCCCUCCCUCUCUUCUCACCAGUCGACCCACCAAAUCGUCGCAACUUGACCCAAACUUCCCCAUCUUUCUCCUCCAAAGCGCACACCGCUCUUUUAGUCCCUUCCGGUUUAGGUCGAGACGAUGUCGCCCUCGAUGAAGCUCUGCGUUUGUUUGCUUCACCUGGCCACGAUCUCUGCCGUCGCCUCUGCCGGCAACUUCUACAAUGACUUCGACAUCACCUGGGGCGACCGCCGUGCCCAGAUACUCAACGGCGGCCAAGGCCUCACGCUCUCUCUCGACAAGGUUUCUGGGUCCGGUUUCCAGUCCAAGAACGAGUACCUCUACGGAAGGAUUGACAUGCAGAUCAAACUCGUGGAAGGCAACUCGGCUGGCACAGUCACUGCAUACUACUUGUCCUCUCAAGGACCGACGCACGACGAGAUCGACUUCGAGUUCCUUGGCAAUCUGUCCGGGAACCCCUACACACUGCACACCAAUGUGUUCUCGCAGGGGAAAGGGAACAGAGAACAGCAAUUCCACCUCUGGUUCGAUCCCACCAAGGCAUUUCACACCUACUCGAUUGUCUGGAACGCUCGACGCAUAAUAUUCUCGGUGGACAACAUUCCCAUAAGAGUGUUCAACAACUUGGAGUCAAUCGGCGUGCCUUUCCCAAGCAACCAGCCCAUGAGGCUUUACUCUAGCCUCUGGGACGCCGAUGACUGGGCGACAAUGGGUGGCCGCGUCAAGACUGACUGGACGAAAGCACCUUUCACCGCAUCUUUCAGGAACUUCAACGCCGACGCUUGUGUGGUCUCGUCCGGGUCUAGGUCCUGCACCUCGAAGUCCACCAAUGGCUUACAGACGAGCGCAUGGCAGGAGCAAUCCCUCGACGCAUCCGGCAGAAACAGGCUCCGUUGGGUGCAGCAGAAGUACAUGAUCUAUAACUACUGCAGCGACUCCAAACGGUUCCCUCAGGGUCUACCGCCAGAGUGCAGGAGAUCAAGGUUCCUCUGAAGCUGAAGCUGCAUCAACUUCCGCUACCACAGUUGGUCGAUUCUUUUGCGCAAGAUGUGACGUAAAUUAGUGAGCAAAAUUCAUUCAUUAUUCUUUCCUGUAACUACGAGUGAUAUCAAUAAUCAGCGAUUUCCCCACCAUUGUUGUAUCCAUAAUCUCCUUGAUGGCCUCAAUAAUCAACAUCAUCUGAACGCUUGAUGAA